AAACAAAAACUCAAAAAGUUUUCAAAAUAAUAAAAUAACAAUAAAAAGAAGGAGAAGAAGAAGUUGCCGCUGCAACCAUCUUCUCCCGCCGACUCCUCCCCCACCCCUCUCCCUAUCUCCUUCACCGUGUACGGCGGCCUGAGCUCCCUUUAAAGGUAUUCAGAGAAAUUGGGUCUCCAUAGAUUUGUGACUCAAUGGAUGCUGAAGCAGAAGCUCUGGAGGAGAAGUUAGUAUCUUUGCUUGGUCAGCUUCAAGCAGAGACGGCCAUCCUAGAAAGAAUGGUGUACAAGAACAAGAACCAGCACAGGCGCGGCUCCUAUUUCCAGUACCUUAUGAAGGUAAGGAGGGAUUUGAGGCUUUUACAAUCAACUAAACUGGAGGAACUUUUGGGUUGCUGUUUCCAAAGUAUUACUGGGAAGAGACCUAAGCAGAAGUUGCACUUAUUAGAAAGAUUGAAGAGAAGGAAAUGUGAAAAUGGAAAGCAUAAUUUUAUGGAGCGACUUCUUGGAGCUGCACGCCUUUUAUCACAGAUGGUUGAGCCAAUGUUGAAGGCGGCUAUUGAGAUAUCUACGUUGCUUGCUCGAUCAUUCUUCAUGGGAUUUUCUCUGACUGUGUUAGCUCUGCUUGGACGACUUCGAGUUUUGGUUCAACAAAUUCUACUCAAUGUUGUUUCAGUAUUCAACAUGGUUUCUUCUCUCUCCCAAAAACAGCAAUCCGUCAAGAUAAUUCAAGGAGGACUUGAGGUGUUUAGGGAGUUUUACCCUACAAAUGAGGAAAUUAUCAUUCUUGAGUGUGUGUGGAAAUCAGAUAAGUUUGAAUUGAUUGAGAGGACACAUAAGACUGAGAUUGCAACUCAUGAUGGAGAUCUUUGUUUAGGGGAAUCAUCAGUGCUGUAUCAAAGCACUGAGUCUAUCCUUGGAGAUGAUGAAACUAUUCCUGAAACGGCAGAUGCAAACCACAGUGCUGAAAAAGUUCCAGUCGAGGUCAAGGUGAAUAAGAUCAAUUUGAUGUCAGGCCUGUCCAACGACGGUGAUAACAGUCAGCUGGUUGAGCGUUGCGAAGAUGGUCCAGACAUUGGAGAGAAUCCGAGCGAGAAGUUUUCCGAAGAAGGCAGCUUGCUAACAGGCACAAGCUUGUCUUCAAGUUCCGAUGCAUCAAAACUGAAGUCUGGACCUGUUGAAGUGGCGUUUAUACAAGUGAAGCAACCUUUAUACUCGACGGCGAAUACAACUGAAAUCCAUUCUAAAGAAAAUGACAUCAGUAAGAGUACCAAGGAAGACCCAUUAUUCAGUUUGCUUUCUGGUGGAAAUGUAAUGAGUAGUAGUCUCUUCUGAGUAAUCUCAUGGAUCAUGAGCGACACCAGAACCUAUUGUAUUACAUUUACAAUGCAAUACGAUCAUUUUUUUUUUC